AUGCAAGGCGGAGUAGAUGGAAGAUAUGGUCGGAUGACAGCAGCAACAAGUUCCAGUAAAAUAUUCGAUGAUUUUGUGGAUCCGGAACUUAAUGAUAAAACUCAUAAAGUUGCUGAGAAAGUAUCAGAAAAUCUGAAUAUUAUAGCUAAUGAUGCCUCACUGGCAUUUUUCAGGAUCCAGGAACAUGUUCGUAAAACAUUACCACAGCUUGUCGAUCAAAAGCACGAGGUUCAAGAUAUCCAUAAAAAAGUUCAAGGUGCUGGGUUUGAUGCUGAGUAUGCUACCAAUGCUGUUAAAACUAUGAAUGGUAGCGCCACCCAUUUUCACAAUAUUCAGGAUUUACUGAAGAACGCCAUGUUUAUGAAACAGCAGAUAGAUUAUGAAGAAAAUAGAAGAAAGCCAGGUGGAACUGGGAUGUACUCUCCAAAACAUUCUGAUACAACUCUGAUGUCAUCGCCUGUUUCAACGACAACACCAUUGAUUGACAGCACAGACAGUUCAUUAGGUCAGAGUGGACAUGAACAACUUCCAGAUACUAUACUCUCGGCAUGUCCUUGCUCCCCUAAAAAAUGUCGAGAUGGAAAAUCAUCGAAAAAUACAACAUCACAACAUUCGAAAAAGGCCAUCAGUGUAUCUGAAUAUCUUGUUUAUAGAACCAACACCUACUUGUUGAUUAGUAGUGAACUCAUGAAAGAGAAGUAAUAUCAGGUGUUUCGUAAAGAAUAAGCAUGAUCUGCUUGGCACAUGAUACCUGCCAAUACUAUAUGUCAAAAUCAUGAAAUACAACCAGAUCAAUU